AUGGCGUCAGCAUCUGAAAACCCCGACUUGUCUCCCACUUCUCCAGGAGAAGAGGACUCUGACGCCUUGUUGUCAAACGUUGCGGAGAUUGAGCCAGAGCCUGUCCCGGGCCUUAAUGGAGUGCCUGCCGACCGCACAGAGCCUUACACACGAAUAACGCCAUUUCAAGAAAAGCACGACACAAGUGUCGAAUUCUUUUACAAACCUAUCACACUCUCGGCGCUUGCGUGCGGUUUAGUUGUCCUCGCUUAUGUGGCCACUACUCAGGAUGUCUUGGAAGAAGGAAGGGACAAGAGACGCGUUGGCGUAUAUGCUGCUAUAGCAUCGUUUCUACUAUUCGCAAUGAUCCAAUUUCGAGAUGGACCAUUCAUUCGACCUCAUCCUGCCUUCUGGCGUAUAAUUCUUGCAGUUAAUUUGUUGUACGAACUAGGUCUGGUCUUCUUGUUAUUUCAAGAUCUCAAAACUGCGCGGCAAAUGAUGACUUAUAUCGAUUCUAACCUCGGAGUUCCCCUGCCGGAGAAGAGCUACGCUGAGGAUUGUACUUUGACUGUUAAGAAUCUAUGGAAUGCUUUUGACAUCUUCUGCAUCGCUCAUACUCUAGGAAUGAAAGUCUGUCAAUUCUUUGAAGUUAAGCCUUACGAAUGGCGCGGAUUCCGACAAACGCGAGGGAUCCGGUCGAAGGCAAAAAGAGUGCUUAGCCAGUUCUCUCCUCACGACUUCACUGCUUUCAAGUGGGGGACGGCCACGGACUUCUUGCACUUUUCAACGGUCGUUUUACUACUGGCAGUAUUUCUAGCCGCUGAACUCAAUCCAUUCUACUUAAAGAGCUUGUUAUGGAUGGAACCCGACCAUCCUAUCAUCAUAUUACGCCUUACCUUUGUGUUUCUUUGCGCCCUUCCUGCUGUUCGAGAACUUUAUCAGUAUAUUAACGAUCCGCGACGAGCGGUGCGUAUGGGUCAGCAUGUCUGGCUUCUUCUAGCCACCAUCGUCACUGAGUUCUUGGUGAUUGCGAAAUGGGGUAAAGGGCAGUUUCCCGAGCCUCUACCGUCCAAGGUUAAGUGGGGCUGGGCAAUCGGAGCUUCGGUUCUCGUUCUCUAUCCCAUUUUCCAGCUGAUUGACGUUCGCAUACAGUUUGGAGUCCCUAGCGCGAGAAGGUAUCUCCGUAGGCAUCAGAAGAAAGGAAAGGCAAAGUCGUCAUGA